AUGAUUGAAGUCGCCACAAGAAGAUGGGUGAAAAAGGUUGGGGUAGGGCUACAUACGUACAGAUCAUUUCCAACGGAAGAGAUAGGUGUUACUUCGGGCGAAAGAGUUGUGGGCUACGUUGAAACGAGGUACUUGGAAAUUGGACGGGAGGCGGAGAGUGUUGCGGCGAUCGUGGCGGUCAUGGGGAUGUCUGGAGCAGGUGUUGCUGCAGUUUGGGGAGCCGAGGGGCGAGUUGGGGACGGAGAUCCAACGUCCGUGCGAUCUGCAGUGCCGCCCCGUCCCAAACAGCAUCCUGGCGGACUUCGUAAACCUGGAGGACCUGCGAACAACGAAAAGAAGUCAAUAGAAUAUCGGGGCUCAAAUGUAGAUACGGCUUCCUCCCCAUGUCCUUGGACAAAAAUUGAUCAAUAUCUUCGAUAUGUUGCUGCAUUGCUUGUGACAUCGGUUUCGAUGGGAGCUGGGGUGCGAAGAGUAAAUGGGCUCGUCAGAGUGGUGGAAGUGAGGGAACAGAGGUGGCGGUGGCGGUGGAUGCGAUGGAAGAGCAGGGAUUGUGGAGUGAGAUGGAUGAGAGGUGGCGGUGGGUGGGAGUUUCGCCCAACUAAGAAGAGCUUGGGCUUGGGUUCCCGAAUCUGCGGUGGAAAGCAACGCAUGGAGAAACGGGGAAGUAACGGAGGAAUGCAACUAGAAGGCUGCAUUUUUGACAGCUUUUUGACGGCACGCACUCUUCAGCGUCUACGGACGCCCCCCAUCGGAACGCUGAACGGUUACGAUGGGUAAAUAUCUGGAGUAGUAAUAACGAGCAAUUGUGGUCGCUCUCCUUUUUGAUCCCAUGUGCAAAAACUGUAAGUUCGCCAGCUCAGGGAAGUGGAAACAGGGCAACGCUCAAAAAUGCUUGAGUUUCCUGAAAACGUCAAGACGAACCACCAUCUUAGCCUCCCCUAUAUCCGAUCUUAGAGCGUAUGCAUUACCGUUGCUGUGCAGCUGAAGUAAGUACAUGGACAGAAAUUGAAGUGCAAGUGGAAGACCGAACUUGAAACGCACGAAACGGUGGAGCAGAUCCCUCGCUCGCAGGACACAAAGCACAUUGCCCCAUAUUUUUCAGACUGAUUGAGGCGCGC